CCCUCUUUGAAGCUUGCACAUACCUAGAAAAAACCACAUCGAGCACUUAACUUUGCCUUUGAUUUCUCUCUAAACCCUAGUUCCAUUUCUUCAUCAUCAAUGUCUUCUUCCCCAUUCCAUGGCGACCAAAUUUCGAAAGCUUCUCGUGACAAUGCGCCUCCACUUAAAGAAAUCCCCGGAGGUUACGGCACACCUUUCUUUGGCGCGAUAAAAGAUCGUCUCGACUACUUCUACAACCAAGGAAGAGAGGAGUUCUUCAGGCAUCGAAUGCUCAAGUACGACUCAACUGUCUUCCGAGUCAACAUGCCGCCAGGCCCUUUCGUGGCCUCAAAUCCUAAAGUCAUCGUCCUCCUCGAUGCCGCCAGCUUUCCCGUCCUCUUUGACACUUCCAAGGUCGAGAAGCGAGACGUGCUCGAUGGCACUUACAUGCCCUCCCUCGACUAUUUUGGCGGUCACCGUGUAUGCGCUUUCCUCGACCCCUCCGAGCCCAAGCACGCAGUUCUCAAGCAAUUCGUCUUCUCCGUGCUGGUGUCUCGGCAUGGGGAAGUCGUCCCACUCUUUAGGAAUUGCUUGUCGGAGCUCUUUGUCGUCCUGGAAGAUGAGCUAGCUAGCAAAGGCAAGGCAUACUUCAAUACGCUUAGUGACAAAAUGUCCUUCGACUUCGUGUUUAGGCUCUUUUGUGACAAAAAGCCACAUGAUGCAACAAUAGAAGCAAAAGGGUCACAACUAUUCGAUUCUUGGUUGUUUUUCCAGCUCGCCCCAUUGAUGACCCUAGGGUUGACUAAGGCCUUCAACUUUCUAGAGGACAUACUACUACACACAUUCCCAUUGCUUCCAUUCUUAGCCAAAUCUCAUUACCGAAAGCUUUAUAAGGCCCUCAAUGAGAAUGCAACAUCCAUAUUGGACGAAGCCGAGGGUUUAGGGAUCAAAAGAGACGAAGCUUGCCAUAACCUCGUGUUCGUUGCGGGUUUCAAUGCGUAUGGCGGGAUGAAAACGACGUUUCCGGCUUUAAUCAAGUGGGUCGCAUCAGGAGGAGAGAAGUUGCAUCGUCAGCUCGCUAACGAGAUCAGAUCCGUCGUCGAAUCAGAAGGCGGGAUCACUCUCACUGCCUUGGACAACAUGAGUUUGACCAAGUCGUCGGUCGUGUACGAAGCUCUCAGGAUCGACCCUCCAGUCCAGUUCCAGUACGGGAAGGCAAAGCGAGACAUGGUGGUCCGGAGCCACGACGCGGCCUUCGAGAUCAAGAAGGGCGAGAUCCUCUUCGGGUAUCAGCCGUUCGCGACCAAGGAUCCGAAAGUCUUCGAUGACCCGGAGGAUUUCGUGGGCCACAGGUUCGUGGCGGAGGGAGAGAAGCUGUUGAAGUACGUCUACUGGUCGAACGGGCGUGAGAUUGAUGAUCCGACGGUGGCGAACAAGCAGUGCGCAGGGAAGGAUCUGGUGCUGCUCACGUGCAGGGUUAUAUUGGUGGAGUUGUUCCUCCGUUACGAUGCGUUCGACGUCGAAUGUGGGACCUUGCCUGUGGGUUCAUCCGUGACGUUCAAGUCGUUGACCAAGGCCUCGGGUUGUUGACCGUGUGUCUAUUGCUGGUAAAACGAACUUGCAUGAUUGUGACGUGUGAUUUUCACUGCCUUU